AUGUCACAUUCAUGGGAUGGUCUUGGGGAGAUUGCGUCGGUAGCGCAGCUAACUGGUCUAGAUGCAGUCAAGCUGAUAGGGCUUAUAGUUAAAGCUGCUAAUACUGCUUGGAUGCACAAGAAGAACUGUCGUCAAUUCGCUCAACAUCUCAAACUCAUUGGGAAUUUGCUUGAACAGUUGAAGAUCUCUGAAAUGAAAAAGUAUCCAGAGACUCGUGAGCCUCUCGAAGGGCUCGAGGAUGCUUUGAGAAGGUCUUACAUUCUUGUCAAUAGCUGUCGAGAUCGGAGCUAUCUUUACUUGUUGGCUAUGGGUUGGAACAUUGUUUACCAGUUCAGGAAAGCUCAGGAUGAGAUUGAUCGUUUUCUCAAGAUCAUACCGCUCAUUACUUUGGUCGAUAACGCUCGAGUUAGAGAGAGAUUGGAGUAUAUUGACCGUGAUCAGUUCGAGUAUACUCUGGCUGAAGAGGAUAGACAUGUGCAAGAUGUUAUUAUGAAACAAGAAUCCACCAGAGAAGCGGCUUCGGUGUUGAAGAAGACUCUCUCUUGCUCGUACCCUAACUUGCGUUUCUGUGAUGCUCUCAAAACAGAAAACGAGAAACUGCAGCUCGAACUUCAGCGUUCGCAGGAGCAUUAUGAUGUGGCUCAGUGUGAAGUCAUUCAGCGUUUAAUUGGUGUUACACAAACUGUUGCUGCUGUUGAUGACUCUGAGAAGGAGCUGACGAAGAAAGCUUCGAAGAAAAAUGAGCGGAGCUCAAGCAAUAAGACAGAAUAUUCGUAUGACGAAGAUUCUCCCAAGAAAAGCAGUAGUCGUGCAGCUUCAAGGUCCACUUCUUCUGUUACUUCGGGGCAUGAUCUGCUUUCACGUAAAGCAUCACAGCACCACGAAGAAUGGCAUACCGACUUACUGGCUUGUUGUUCGGAACCUUCUCUUUGCUUGAAGACAUUCUUUUUCCCGUGCGGUACUUUAGCAAAGAUUGCCACUGCAGCAUCUAACAGACACAUCUCUUCAGCUGAAGCAUGUAAUGAGCUAAUGGCGUAUUCUUUGAUACUUUCUUGCUGCUGCUACACUUGUUGCGUAAGGAGGAAACUCCGAAAGACACUGAACAUCACGGGAGGUUUCAUUGAUGAUUUUCUAUCUCAUUUGAUGUGUUGUUGCUGUGCCCUUGUCCAAGAACUGCGAGAAGUUGAGAUUCGUGGGGCUUAUGGUACGGAAAAGACGAAAAUAAGCCCGCCUUCGUCGCAGUUCAUGGAACAUUGA